CUCCUAAAUUUAAUGUCAACUUCACUAAACUCUAUCUAUAUAUAAUCACAUUCUCUUACAUAUAUCCAUAUAACAGAAUCAUCUUAGAUCCUAAAAUAUACAUUUUCAGAACCAUUUCUUACUACAAAGCCAAAACAAAAAACUUGAUACAUAUAUUUUAGUUGAUUGAGUGUAACAUAACAUGGAUACCAAUUACAAAACCAAUGUUCAUGUAAUGAGGAGUUUAUCAGAUUGUGGUUCAUCAGAAGCAAAUGUAAGUGAAGAAGAUAUUAUGGUGAUAAAGAAAGGUCCAUGGACAGAGGAUGAAGAUGCUGUUCUGAUGAACUAUGUGGCUGUUCACGGCGAAGGUCAUUGGAACUCUGUCGCUCGCUGUUCCGGACUAAAGCGAACUGGGAAAAGUUGUAGAUUAAGAUGGUUGAACUACUUACGUCCGAAUGUUCGACGUGGGAAUAUCACUUUACAAGAACAGAUUUUGAUUCUUGAUCUCCAUUCGCGUUGGGGCAACCGGUGGUCUAAAAUAGCGGAACAAUUGCCAGGAAGAACAGACAAUGAGAUAAAGAACUAUUGGAGGACAAGAGUGGUGAAGCAAGCUAGGCAACUCAAAUGUGAUGUAAACAGCAAACAAUUUAGAGACAUGUUGCGUUACGAAUGGAUUCCACGCCUCAUCGAGAGGAUCCAAUCUACUUGUACAACUGCAGAUACUAAUUCCUAUAGUCAGACGCAAACCACCAAUUGCAAUAAUACUAAAGCUCAUAGUGACACCUGUGGCGCAAAUGCAAAUCCUCUCAUGUUGUCGUCUGAUGUUUCAUCGUACUCCUCAGAGGUUGAUGUUUUAGUAGAAUCAAACAUAUCUAAUUACAAUUUAAUGGAUAGUGCGGAAUUCGGUUCCACGUGGCAGGAGUGGAAUUGCUUAGACUCAAACAUACAAGGAUUUGAACAGAACAAUGGUUUUUUUGGUGGUUCUGAAUUAUGGACAGAUGAAAACAUAUGGUUCUUGCAGCAGCAACUUGCAGAUGAUUUAUGAUCUAGUUUUUUUUACACACUAAUUAAGCAUUAGUUAACAAUUGUUCUAAAUUUAAUACAUGCGAGUUUAGUUUAAGUGACAUUAUUAAAUUUAAUAAUGUUAUUGAUUGUUUGUAAUUGUCCUACUCUUACAUGAUACAAUUAUAAAAGACAUGUAAUUGUAGUUCAUUAAUUUUUCUAAUUAAAAAUUAAUAAAGAAAGAAAUUUGAUUUGGUUCUAUGGAAAGACUUGUGUGUGUAUGUGUUAUGAGUUGACUUGUGAACUGUUUGUGUUAUGAAUGAAUUGUUCAACCUU